UCUUACCUUGACGUGGAUGUCCAUCGUGGUGUCUACGACAGUGGCGGUCUUGUUGCCUGGGCUCUUGCUAGGGGUAUGCUGCGCUAGAACUUCUAACUCGUCGGCGCAAAUCGGCCACUCUCCAGGCACCAGUGGUGGCGUCUCGCCAACAAAUGCGUCGUCGGAGAGAGAGGAAGGGGAAGGAGUCGCGUAAUGCGCGAUGCGUGGCGCAGUACAGGCAGCGAU